AUGGAGUUCAGGCGAGUUAAUCUCAGCUUGCAGAGGACCUGUACACUGCUGCUCCUCUCUGUCUGUGCACAUGGUCUGGCACAGAACUGUCUAAAUACCACUUGUCUGAAUGGAGGGACAUGCCAAGAGACACUUGGUGGGUUUACGUGUCAAUGCCCCACAGAACCAGAGGCCUUCACUGGACCAGAUUGUGGAGUAUUAUAUAAUGCAUGUUCAGUAUUUGACUGCCCUAACACCCACCUAUGUCAAGCUAACCUUGGAUACCCAGAUUACCGAUGUGUCUGUGAAACUGAAUUUAACUGCACCACUGAGUGUGAUAGUAACCCAUGUGCCCUUCCAAACUCUCAGUGCUCGGAUGAUGCCAGGGCAUUCACGUGCAAAUGCCAAGCUGGAUACAAUGGUCCGCUAUGCCAGAACAAAUUGUCGCCAUGUGCACCCAACCCCUGUGACCACAACGCUGUGUGUGUAGAGAACACGGACAGCUAUACGUGUGAUUGUCCAGCAGGCUACACCGGCCAACACUGUGAUAUUGUGGUAGGCGGGUGUGCAUCAAAUCCGUGUCGGAACGAUGCCAUCUGUGUGGAAAAGGGAAACAAAUACUUUUGUUACUGUGUGCCAGGCUUCCAAGGACAUCACUGUGAAAUAGACAUAAAUGAGUGUGCAUCCAAGCCAUGCCAGAACAAUGGCUCCUGCCUCAACCAUAUGGAUAGUUAUCAAUGUGAAUGUGCCACAGGCUACACAGGUGUCAACUGUGAGACUGAGAUCGAUGAGUGUCAGUCAGACCCCUGCCAGAAUGGAGCCACAUGCUUGGAUCACAUUGGCUUCUUCACCUGUGAAUGCCCUGCGGGGUAUGAAGGCCAGUUGUGCCAGCUAGACAUUGAUGAGUGCCAAAGCCAACCGUGUCAGAAUGGAGGACUUUGCAUCGACGCCAUUAACAGGUUCUAUUGUAACUGCACGGACACUGGAUUUGUAGGAGAGACCUGUGACAUAGAUAUACUAGAGUGUGCCUCCGACCCGUGCAUGAAUAAUGCCACAUGCCAGGACAGAAUCAAAGGCUACAUUUGUCUCUGCUGGGCAGGAUAUACUGGAUAUCACUGUGAGUUGGACAUUGAUGAAUGUGCUGACCGUCCAUGCCUACAUGACUCCCUUUGUAUGGAACGGUCAAAUGAAACCUUUUACGGAUCACAACCAGAGUUCAGUAUAGACUUCAGCUAUGAGAGCGCUGCAGGAUAUGUGUGCAGGUGUCGGCCAGGAUUCACAGGGGAAAACUGUUCUGUGAAUAUUGAUGAAUGUAACUCGGCUCCGUGUCAUAAUGGUGGAUCCUGUGUUGAUCUGAUCAAUGGGUUCAUCUGUCAGUGUGCUGCUGGAUAUACUGGUGUGCUAUGCACUAUAAACAUUGAUGACUGUGAAAGCAACCCAUGCGAGAAUGGAGCAACCUGCAAAGAUGGAGUUGCAGACUAUACCUGUGAAUGUCCAGCAACCACACUAGAUGGAAUCAGUUGGGGAGGUAAAAACUGCUCCGUAAAGCUGCUGGGAUGCUUAAAUCAUAGCUGCCAAAAUGAUGCUGUGUGCGCCCCCAUCUAUAUGGAGGAGAUGGCGAUCCAUGAGCAUCUCUGCAUCUGCCAACCAGGCUUUUAUGGGCUGGAUUGUUCCACUCCCACCACAUUUUCCUUCUCAUCAACUGGGUACUUUGUCUAUGAACUUGAGGUAUCCAACAGAAGUAAGAGAAGUGCUGAAGAAGACUCAACCCACAUAGCAGUACGGUUUAGAACCACUUUGCCAGAUAUGGUUCUCCUGUAUUGGGGAAAUGAGAGAAGCUAUCUAAUACUUGAACUUUAUAAUGGAUUCUUGCAGGUUAUAUUUAACUAUAAUGACACUCUUUCAGUCCUAGUAAUAGAUAAUUAUAAAGUAGAUGACGGCCGUUGGUAUCAAGCAAGUGUUAGCCUGAAUUCAUACCUCAAUCUAACUCUAUACCAUCAAGGUUGCAGUGAUGGCUUAUGUUACAGCAGAAAACCUUUAAACACUGCGUAUGAUCCUCCGCUUCAGGAGACAUUCAAAAAAGUAUACAUAGGAGGACUUGCACAGGACUCCCUACUGAACAAUACAAGGAGCAAGCAGAACUUCACCGGAUGUUUAGAAGAUCUUACAAUUGACUACGCCAUCCUGAUACCAGAGAAUAUUGGAGAUGACCAGUCCUAUAAUCUCAUACUGGGAUGUAAUAAAACAGACUGGUGCCACAACAAUCCUUGUCACCAUCAAUCACCGUGCAUUGACCAGUGGAUCAAUUAUAAGUGUGACUGUGUCAGACCAUACACUGGUCCAACUUGCUUGGAAGAGUACACAUCUGGGACAUUCUUCUGGGAAGAUAUACCUAGUCUUGCCAACUUCACAAUCGCCCAACAUGUUGGAGACUCUUUCACUAUAUCUGCUUUCAUUAGGACAUUCAAACGUGAUGGCCUGGUCCUACAGAUGAGUAAUGGUACUGUGGAUUACUUGUCAAUCUACCUGAAAUCUGGACAAAUCAAUAUCAAAUUUUUGUCAGAAACACUUUCUUUCAAAGAAUAUGUCAGCAAUGGCAAGAAGAAUAUGAUCACUAUAUCAGUAAUGGAGGGGCUUGUCAAACUAAACGGUGUCAAAUUCGAGGAAGAGUUUGAGCAGCUGCCAACAUUAUCAGUUUCAGCAGAAGACACUGUACUCAUCGGAGGAAUGCCACCGGGUAGAGACGUUGAGCAGUGGGGUGGAUAUUUUAAAGGAUGCCUUCAAGAUGUUCGAAUCAAUGAUCGUCGUUUGGAGUUUUUCUCGUUUGAUGACAAAGAUGAUCAAGUCUACCCAGUUUCCAUCACCAAUGUCACAAAGAAUUGUGUGUCUGAUGACGUGUGUCAGUCCAGCCCAUGCAAGAAUAAUGCCACCUGCACCGUGACCUGGAACGACUUCACCUGUGAGUGCUCAGCCAAAUUCACUGGACCAACGUGUGAAGAGCAGGUGUGGUGUCAGUGGAAUCCUUGUCCAUCAGAGGCCACCUGCAAAGAUUUUCCUGGAGGGUAUACAUGUCUGGUCAACGCCACUUUCAAAGAAGAAAGCUCAGUGAUCUUUACAUCCAACAUUUCAUCAGGACCACAACUUGAAUUCAUUUCGAUAGACUUCAAGACUCGAGACACAGAUGCUAUUUUGCUUGAAGCCACCAAAGAUCUGGACUAUAUUUCUAUCAUCGUUCAGAACGGUCAAUUGCUCAUCACUUUACAGAGUGGAAACAGCGUGGACGGAAUCCAUUUCAAUACAAGGAUGAUGGUUUCUGAUGCCUUAUGGCACAGAGUUGAGGUGAUGAAAUCUUUUAUAGAUGUGGUCCCUCGAUGGACAAUAAGCUUAGACAAUGAGCAGAGUACAACACUACACGGCAAUGCUGCCAGCUUGAGUUUCUUAGUAGAGGACACUGCAAUUAUACUGGCUAAGAAUUACACUGGAUGCCUUGGACAAGUUUCCAUCAGAGGCCUAUAUCUGCCAUUUGCUGAUCAAUUAUUUCCUCAACAUUUUGUGAAGAAAGAACAAGUGUCACUGGAGCUUGGAUGUAAAGGGGCAGAUGUGUGCGGUGAUGCUCCCUGUCAGCAUGGUGGAAAAUGUCAAGAUUUGUUCGAUUCAUUCAGCUGUACGUGUGAAUCGGGAUGGGAGGGAGUUCACUGUGAGCUCAAUAUUGAUGACUGUAAGUCUAGCCCCUGUGUUCAUGGUUCGUGCUACGACCUGGAGAAUGACUUUCGGUGCAACUGUUCUUCAGGCUACACCGGCAAAAACUGUGAAAUUAACGUGGAUGACUGUGAGCAGCAUCGUUGUUUAAAUGGAGGCUUCUGCUUAGACGGUGUGAAUAGCUACAAAUGUGUAUGCCCAGCCACCUUUGCCGGGGUUUACUGCGAAUGGCCGUUCCCUCCUGAGCGUUGUGGAAUAAAUGUAACCUGCCUGAAUGGCGGUAAAUGCAAUAAUGGAAUCUGGGGCGCAAACUGUACUUGCCGGCCGGGCUUUACAGGAAAAAGAUGUGACAUCAACAUCAAUGACUGUGAGCCCAACCCGUGUCUCAACGGCGGGACAUGCCAGGACUCGGUCAACAACUACAAGUGUCUCUGCAAUGCCAGCUUCAGCGGGGUCCGCUGUGAGAAAAGCAGUGCAGCCUGGGCUUUCCCCUUCCCUCUCCUCGGAGUUGCAGUCCCUGUGUCUUGUGGGGUUUUGCUUCUAGUUAUUAUUGUGGGCAUUUUCAUGGUGCUGACAGCAAGGAAGAGGAGACAAUCGGAAGGCACAUACAGUCCCAGCCAACAGGAGGUGGCCGGAGCCCGGCUAGAAAUGGAUAGUGUUCUGAAAGUGCCCCCUGAAGAGCGAUUGAUAUGAAGCGGGACAAUGGACAUCUGCCCGAUCUGAAUGUGGGUAAUUUUGUAAAGUGGACAAUACGUCAUAUGGACAGUCCCAACACUGGAGAUAUUUUUGGUUCCGCUUUAUAUUUGGCAGCUAGUCUUACUACUGGCCAUUUAACCAUUGAGACAAAGCCACAAUAUAUAGAAGCUAAGACAAACCUGUGACUGAUAUUGUGUACAGACGUGGUAAAUAUCCACAGCCCUGUUCUUCAAUCGGUGAGACAUCUGUAAUACUAUCCAGAGGGCGAUGUUUUGGAUGUGCCUUUUUGAUUAUUUUUAUUUUUUUUAUACAUUACAUGGAGUCUUUAGGGUAUUCCUACUUGUGCCUUUGGACUGCAUAGUUUUGCUGUAGUAUAACCAAACCAAGCACAUUCUCAUUUCUCCUGUCUUAUUUUCAGUACCUUCCAUACACUAGUGUGAAAAGUGCCAGGGGUAUCGGCCACGGCACAAGAGCAAUAUCUGUCUGCAAUGAAGGUUAUGACAAUUCCAUUAUGAGCUACUGCCUUAUUAUAUCACUUAGUAAUAAAGUCCCAGCGAGCGCUUGUUAUCUUCAAUUCAUCUGCUUU